AUGCUGAAGCACCUGCCUUGCCCUGCCGGGAAAAGCUGCACCGCAUUCAAGUGUCUCUUCCAUCAUGGGGGCGAAGAUAAACCGACCGAACCAUCAGACCAAAAUGCCCGGGAAAGACAAACAGCAGCUUCUGAAAGCCAAGACACCCCCAGAAAACGAAUGAAACUCACCGCCGACUCGUCCUCACUUUUUGCCACAGGUUCGUCAAAGCAGGCAGAACCAGGGGCUACUGAACCGCAAGCGAUUACUGGCAUGGGAACCCUAGAAGCCAAGGCGCCUUCUACCCUCAAGAUGGCUAUUUCUUCGUCGACUCUGAAGCACAAAGCGCCUACUGCUAGAUCAGCAGUCACGAAUAAAGGGCCUUCAGUUGCAUCCCCGAAGCCCGCCAAUGCUGGCCUUGGGGAGACUUCAUCUAAAGCAAGUCCAGCUACUAAACCUCUUGCAAAGGCAACUCCAAAAAAGCCGGAGACACUCAAUCCGCGUCAUCUUCAAAAAGCUCCUGCCACACAUGAAGUUCGCACAAAACUUGUUAAAGCUUUGCAUGAACAAUACGCGAGACUCAACAAUGAACUAAAGAAAGAUGUCAAGGAUGAGGAUGCAAGGCUGGUUAUGUCAGACCAGGAACUUAUCGUCAAAGCUUUGGAUGAUGAGCAAGAUACCGCCAUGAAAAAGCCUACGCUGUACGGGAACUCAUGUAAGAACCGUAUACUGAAUUACAAACGCAUGUCGGUUGCCAAAUGGAAAGAGGAGAGAGCCGCAUCCCUCAAGGCGGAAGAUGGCGAGAUCCUGGAACCAGAGGAGAUACACAAAGUGAUUGAAACGGGUUUAACUCCUCAGCAAGAGGUCGACUUCCUCCCCAGACUGGUGUGGUCUUUGCAAGGUCUGGAGCGUUAUGGCUACGUGUCAAGUAUACCGAAGGGUGAAGGCGUCAAGAAGGCGAAGCAAGCUGUCGAGGCUUCGGGCAAUGUCGAGGUUUGCGAUCGUUGCAACAGGAGAUUCUCAGUCUUCCCUGGACGGAGAGAAGAAGAUGGCGCAUUGACAUCUAACGGACCAUGCGUUCAUCAUCCCGGCAAGACUUAUUAUCUUGACCGACGACCUGGUGACCGUGGCAAGUCGGAAAGAAGGCAUCGAUGUUGUGAACAAUCUGUUGGAGAUUCGGACGGUUGCACCACCAGUAGCUCACACGUGUUCAAGACCACAGACGCGAACCGUCUGGCAAGUGUGUUGAACUUCGCAGAGACGCCCCCUAAUCCCAGUGUUCCCAAGGAUAGGGCAGUCUGUUUUGACUGUGAGAUGGGCUACACGGUCUACGGAAUGGAGCUUAUCCGCUUAACUGCAGUAUCUUGGCCGUCAGGCGAUGAACUCCUUGACAUACUCGUCUUUCCCGUAGGCGAGUACAUUGACCUCAACACCAGAUACUCUGGCGUGCGGCCAGAAGACAUGGUCCAGGCCGAGCGCUGGAAACCUGGCGAUGACGCUAGUCCGACUAUUAUCCCCUCUGGCGAUCCUUCCAAACCGCCGCAGCGAAAACUCAAGAUUGUCUCUUCGCCCAAGGAGGCGCGAGAUCUUCUCUUCAACCUCAUAUCCCCGGAUACUCCUCUCAUUGGCCACGGAAUUGAAAACGAUCUCAACGCCGUCCGCAUUAUCCAUCCAUCAGUCGUUGACACGGUGCUGCUCUACCCACAUAAGCGCGGACUUCCCAUACGCAACGGACUGAAGUAUCUAAUGGAGAGAGAGUUGGAUCGAAAGAUCCAGAUCGACAACUCGAAGGAUCAGGACAAGGUGCAAGGACACGACAGUGCCGAGGAUGCCAGAGCAGCCGGCGAGCUCGUUAGGCUGAAGAUACGGAAUGAGUGGAAGAGUUUGCAGCUGAAGGGUUGGAAACUGGAGGACGGGGUCAUCAAGGCGCCUGACAACUAG